AUGUAAACGUCAAUCCAGCAUGUCAUUUUGACGUACACAAUAACCUCAAAUUUUAAAUAAACUCCACCUGUGUUUUGUUUGUGUAGGAGCGCUCAAUGCUCAAAAAAUAUUAAAAAUGAGUCAAGAAAACGUUAGUAAUAGUAAUGAUCAUCAUGAACGCGAUGACCAUAAGAGGAGGCCGCGAAAAAAGCGAAAGAACUUCCUUGCAAACGCUAAAAAAUAUGCCAAAAAGGGUCAAAUGGGUCGAGGUACGAAGAUAUCUGAAGAAUUGUACCAAUAUUUCGUUGGUAUCCUAGACGCCAUGAAGCAAGGAAUACAAGAUAAAGAUGAGAGAAGUGCCUUAGUAAACAAUGUCCUAGAACGGACUAAAGGGGAAGAACAGAAUGUGGUUGGCAACCAGCUUGGUUGCAGAGUUGUAGAGCUCCUACUGCCCUUCGCAACUCCAGAAGACCUAGAACGGUACAUGGAAGUCCUCUCACCAGAUUUACGUAGACUCUGUUCAGACAACUUCACCAGUCAUGUAGUAGAGACAUUACUACGAGCAGCCUGUGAACGAGCUAUAGAACAUAUGCAAACCAAUGAAGACCAAACAUCAGACUCUGAAGAAGAAGCACCGAAGAAGAAAAAGCCAAAACUAGAACCGAAAACAGAAAAGAAAUAUACAGAAGAUCAUAUAAAAAAAUGCUAUGAAUUCACUAUUAAAAUAUCUAAAUAUGCUCUGAAUAACUUGGAAGACUUUGUUUGGGAUCAAUACGCAAACCAUAUACUCCGUAGUGUUCUUAAAUGUCUCAGUGGCAUUACGUUACUGCCAGGAGAGAAACCCAAAGUAAACAUAUUCAAAGACACUGUAGAUGAUGGUAAAGGAAUACCACCACAUACAGGGAAAAUGGUGUACAAGAAUGUUCCAGAUGAAUUCAAAGAAAUAGUCAAAGAGUUUGUACACCGAUUGACUUCGUGGCCACAAUUUAAAGAUUUACCGUACCAAAAUAUUACUUCAGGAUUAAUUCAAGUAUUGUUGUAUGCAAUUAAGAAUGUUGAUAAGAAUGCAACGAAGGACUUGCUACGGAAACUGUUAGAUGAGAGCUUUGCUCCGGAGGACUGGGUGAAUAACGGUGAGGAUGACAAGAAGGAGGUCAAGGAUAGUAAUGGAGUAGUUGUGGAUACUUCGAACCUACCACCUGUUUUUGAAUCUGAACCUGCUGUGAGAAUGUUGGAAGCGGCUCUCUUCGUGUCCAAGAAGAAAACGUACACGCAGAUAUACGCGCGCUGCUUCAUCAACCGGCUGGGGCAGCUCGCCAGCAUGCCCAUGCUCAACUACACCGUGCAGCGGCUCAUUGACAACUGUGAGGUUAAGGAGGAGUUUGAGCCGAUGUUCGAUGAGCUCUCAGAUCGUAUGGGAGCUCUCCUCGCCUGCGGGAACACUGGCGUCCUGGUCGCACUCGCCAAGGCCUGUCUGCGACUCAAGGCUAAACAGGCCCAGUAUCUAAAUAGUCUAGAAGCAGCCCUAGACUGUUCGUCCCCGGAACACCAGAAGUACUUCCCGGUGCUGUGCCUCCGCCUCCUGCCCCGGGACCGCGUGGACCUCGCGGCGCUAGACAAGGACUACUUCAUCCAUGUACACGGAUCCGUCAUACUGCAGACUGUACUUGACUUCCAGCGUCCAGCAAAAGCAGUAUCAGGUCUACUGGAGCUGACUGGAGACCAGCUAAUGAUAAUACUGUGUGACGCCAAGGGAUGUCACGUUGCUGACGCUUUCUGUAAGGGACAAUUUGUAGGAGUCAAGGCACGGGACAAGCUCAUAUGGAGGUUAAAGGGUUACUACCAAAAGCUAGCACUCUCCCAGUACGGGUCGCGGGCAUUCGAGCAAAUAUUCCAAGUUGCUUCUCUAGAGCAGAAGAUAAAAAUUAUGACAGAGUUAUCUGACAAGAGCAAUCUUCUGAACAGUACACAGUACGGUCGUCUGGUAGCUAGCAAGCUGGAGGUAGAUACGUUCAAACUGUCGCAGAAGAAAUGGGAAGAAACGUGGAAGAAGAAAGAGGUUCAAAAUAAAUGAUUUUGUUGAUA